AUGAAAUAUCAUCUUGCAAAAAUCCCUGGACAAAUUAAAGUCUGUAACAAAGUAACUGAAGAUGUUGAGCUUCAAUGCAAAAGACUUUUGGAGGAAAACAAAAAAAAUAAGGCAGAAAAAAGAAAAUUUACAUCUGAGUGUUAUGAUGUGGAAAGUGAAAGAGAAGCGGAAGAAGAGGGUGAAGCGCCUAAUCCUGUACAACCUCCGGCUCCUGCAACAAUGGGAGACAAAGGAAAGAGAAGAGCGAUUGCUGCUACUCCAAUUGGAAGUUAUUUUAAGGAAAGGACUACGCCAGGCUCUCAACCAGCUUUGAAAAGUGUCUUGGCCAGUAAACAAGUUAAACACAAGGUUAAGUUGGGGCUUGCAAGAUGGAUCAUUGAUGCACGGAUUCCAUUCAAUGCAAUUCAAUCGCCUUACUUUCAACCUGCCUUGGACGGCGUUGCUGCAAUUGGACCUGGUUUCAAGGGACCGUCGUAUGACGAAAUGAGAGUUUAUUUGCUGGCCGAUCUUAAGAAGGAGUGUCAGUUACUUGUUGAAGGUUAUAGGAGCUCAUGGAAAAGGGAAGGAGUGUCGUCUGUUGAUGCUUCUGAUAUGAUAAAAACUGCCGAUACCUUGUUUAAAUUGUUUGCUGAGGUUAUUGAGUGGGUUGGGUCUAGUAACAUUGUGCAUGUGGUUAUUGAUAAUGCUGCGAAUUAUGUAUCUGCUGGAGAACUCAUUCAUGAAAAGUAUCCAAACAUUUUUUGGUCUCCUUGUGCUGCUCAUUGCAUCAAUCUUAUCUUAAAAGACAUAGCAAGUCUUCCUCACAUAGCUGACCUUGCCUCUCGUGCUUCAAAAGUGACUGUCUUUGUUUACAAUCAUAUGAUUUUCUUGUCAUGGCUUAGAAAAAGAAAAGAGUGGAAAGAAAUUGUUCGACCAGGUAUAACACGUUUUGCUACUGUUUUCAUUACUUUGAAAAGUAUAUAUGAUCAUAAACAAGACUUGCAAGCAUUGGUGAUUGACAAAUAA